GCUUUGUUGCUUCUUCCGGUUGUUAUUCUUUAGCAGAGAGAUUGGUUUCUGGGUAACUGCUGUCAUUUCAGGAGUGCGGGUUGGAAGCCUCUUAGAAUUCGAACGAAUAUUAUUUGGACUUAGAAAAACUACAAGAAGAUGAGUGGCUGCAGAAUAUUCAUCGGACGUUUGAGCCCCCAUGCACGUGAACGAGAUGUAGAAAAAUUUUUCAAGGGUUAUGGACGCAUUAGAGAAAUCAACCUUAAAAAUGGGUUUGGAUUUGUGGAGUUUGAAGAUCACAGAGAUGCCGAUGAUGCAGUCUAUGAGCUGAAUGGCAAGGAACUUUGCAGUGAGAGGGUUACAAUUGAAUAUGCCAGAACUCCCAGGGGAAGAGGGAGAGGCAGAUUCCCUCAAAGGUUCAGCUAUCGCCAACCACGUAGCAGCGGAUCCCGGUAUGGACCUCCACAACGCACUGAAUAUCGGAUUAUUGUGGAAAACCUCUCUUCUGGAGUUAGCUGGCAGGAUCUGAAAGAUGUCAUGAGAAAGGCUGGAGAAGUCACAUUUGUGGAUGCACACAGGAAUAAUAAAAACGAAGGAGUUGUUGAGUUUGCCAGUUACAGCGACAUGAAGAAUGCAAUGGAUAAAUUGGAUGGUACAGAACUGAAUGGUCGUAGAAUAAAACUUGUUGAGGAUCGCAAACGAAACAGAAGCAGAUCUCGUUCCAGAAGCUACUCCAGGUCCAGAAGCAAAUCCAAAUCUGUCAGCCCAUCCAGGUCUCGUUCCAGGAGUCGUACACCUGAGAAGAAGAGCAAGAGUAACCGUUCCGUCUCUCGUUCCCGAUCCCGCUCUCGCUCUCAGUCGCCUCAGCAGGCUAGAAGACGUUCCAGUUCACGUUCAGUAGAAAGCAACAAUUAGGAAGUCCAGAACAUCGUAAAAGAAAAACUUGCUGAUGUGAAAAAUUGGGGUUAAUAUUUUCAUUGUGUAUGGAAAUAAGAAUUAAUAUUGACUAAUCCAUUUAGUGUUACUGUAUUGCUUACAAUACCUGUAUGUAAAAGCUUUCAGAGGAGUUGUAUUUGCCUUUUUCUGUCUUGUGAAUGUUGUCAUGGAAGAUUUGUUUAAAAAAAUGGUGCCUUGAGUUGCACUAUUUUAAGUAGAUUAGUUGAGUUUGUGGUAUUGGAGACCAUUCUACAGGAGAGCCAGUACCAAAACUUGCAUAAUAUGUUGCUCCCUGUAUAGAGUAACGUGGAUGAACCAUUUUAAAAAGGAUAUGGUGUGCAGUUUAGAAUUACAUAGCAGCAGUAAAGUCCUGGAUAAAGAACUGCUCCGGGUUGUAUCCUAUGAUCUGACUUCAUUUAAUAAUAAAAAAAAAAAUAGUAAUUUUGUUUGUGAAGUGAAAACCUUUACUCUUUAGAGCUAAAAAGAGAGAAGGCUGCAUUAGAAAAGAAUUCUUGUUAGUCUGUAUGAAUCAGGCUACUUAGGUUAAUCAUAAAAGUCCGCCUCUUACAUAGGCAUAUGUACAAACAUACAUAAGGCAGCAAGCUGACUGAAGUUAAUGUAUGGAUUUAAUGACUGGCAUGUCUUUCUUACCCACAUUUUAAUUGGCUUUCAGGUACUGCAAUUCUUAAUCGCAUCCUCCUACCCCUUUUUUUUGUAAACCCAAAUUGUAUUUUUCUCUAAAAUUAAUCUGUACUGCUGCCCAUUUUAUGAAUCUUUACUGUAGAUGGAAUACAUAGCAGAUUUACAGUUAAGUUUUAUGGUUGGUCAUAAUUUUGUUAAAUCCUGUAUUCCUAUAGCUUAUGUCAUGAAAAACAGAACCAUGUUAAAACAAUUUGUUUCAAAUAGCCUUUUCUCUUCCCUCUGCAGCAUUUUGCAUAAGUUAUUUUGAAGAUGAGUCACUAAAAAGCAGCUGAUCAUGGAACAUAAACAUGUAUGUUUGAUGCAGCGGUCCUAGUGUAGAAUUUGUUUAAGAUCACAUGAAGCAGUUAUCAACCUCCCCAGUUCCUCUACAAAAGGUAACCUGUUACAAUAUGCUUUGUAACUGAGUAGUAAGGCCAGUUUGGAUUUCAAGAGACUUCACUUUGACCUUUUAAUGAAGGUGUAAAAAUUCUGCUGUACUCUGGUUUUUGUUGUCAGAUUGCAGAAUACGUACCUGCUUCUGAGUAUGCUAGCUGAAGUGACAAUCAUACCAGGCAGCUUGUGUAAUUCCUGUCAUAAAAUUUGAUAAAAUGCUGAAUUGCAUAUAGAAUGAAGACUGUAUAGUUACAGAAUGUCAACAUUCUAUUUUUAGAUACCGUCACUGAAGAUAAAAUUUCUCUUAAAAUUGUAUAGUUGAAUCCCACUAGCUUGUGACCAUGGAAAAGUCAGAUGGUAAAAGUGAACUUUUCCCCUCUUCCUUUUGAUAUUAUGUUCAGUCUUCAGUUGCAGUUGAUAUCUAGAAAGCACAGGUGUUAGAUUUGUUCUUUGUUGUCUUUGAGUUGUAGGUGGUCUUGAAAGUGCAUUCAAGAAUUUUGUAAAUCAAUUGUUAAAGGCUUGAUUGAUAUGGUAAAUAAAGAUGCAAUAUUUACA